GUGGUACAAUUAGAUCGAUAUGGAAAAGAGCAAGGUGCUUGUGGUUGGUGGUACUGGGUACCUGGGGCGUAGGAUUGUUUCUGCAAGCCUAUCCCAAGGCCACCCAACGUAUGUUCUUCAAAGGCCAGAGAUUGGCCUUGACAUUGAUAAGCUCCAAAUGCUCUUGGCGUUCAAGAAGCAAGGGGCUCACCUUGUGGAGGGCUCAUUUUCUGAUCUGGAAAGCCUUGUCCGUGCUAUCAAGCUUGUUGAUGUUGUCAUCUGCCCCAUAUCUGGGGUACAUAUUCGGAGUCACAACAUUUUGCUGCAGCUCCAGCUUGUUGAAGCUAUCAAAAGAGCCGGAAAUAUUAAGCGUUUUUUGCCAUCAGAGUUCGGUUUUGAUCCAGCACGUAUGGGACAUGCACUUGAACCUGGAAGAGUUUCAUUUGAUGAUAAAAUGGUAGUGAGAAAGGCAAUACAAGAUGCUAAAAUCCCCUUCACUUAUGUAUGUGGUGCCGGCUUCGCUGCUUAUUUCGCCGGCAACCUUUCACAGAUGGGGGCACUCGUUCCUCCAAAGGAGAAAGUUCUUAUUUAUGGAGAUGGUAACGCUAAAGUAUCUAUAAUGGAUGAAGAUGACAUCGCAGCAUAUACAAUCAAAACAAUAGAUGAUCCGCGAACAUUGAACAAAACAUUAUACCUUCGUCCACCCGAAAACGAACUCAGUCAAAAACAGUUGGUUGAGAUGUGGGAAAACCUCAUAGGCAAGAAACUAGAACAUAUCUCCAUUUCAGCAGAAGACUUCCUUGCCUCUAUGAAAGGUAUGGACUAUGCAAGCCAGGUAGGAGUGGGGCAUUUCUACCACAUGUUCUACGAAGGCGCUCUGACAAACUUUGAAACCGGGGAAGAAGGAGAAGAAGCUUCAAAGCUUUACCCAGAAGUGAAAUACACCCGCAUGAAUGAAUACUUAAAAAUUUAUGCAUGAGAAACAAAACAAGGUGUUUAAUAAUAGUUUCUCAAAGAAUACAUUUAUCUUGUGAUCACUUUCGUGAAGGAUAUUACAGCUUUCUUGCAGCUAUUUUGUGUAUGUAAUACAGCAUAUUAAACACGUAUUAUCUAUUGUUAUAAAUGGGGGUGGAUUAGUGACAUUAUAUUUUAUACACAAGUUUUGACAUAAUUUUUGGG